AUGCCGGGGCCCUGCGGCGGCCACGAGCUGAGCUUCUUCUACAAUGUCACCUCCGGGCGCUGCGAGACGUUCCCCUACAGCGGCUGCGGGGGCAACGCCAACCGCUUCGGGACGCGGGCAGCGUGCCGCCGGGCGUGCCUGAGCCACGAGAAACCCAAAACCGGGGAGUGUCCCGUGGUGCUGCCGGAGCUGGAGGGGCCGUGCCGGGAGGAGUGCGAUGGUGACAGCGACUGCCCCAACGCGCUGAAGUGCUGCAACAGCAGCUGCGGCCUCCAGUGCCUGCCUGCAGCGCCAGCCCCAGGGAAGGAUGGAUUCUGCCCGGCCAGUGCUGGGCUGUUCCCCAGCUACGACUGCAGAGAGUGGUGCCGGCGUGACUCUGACUGCCCCGGUGAGGAGAAGUGUUGCCUGCAGGGCUGUGACUACGUGUGCCUGCGCCCGGCCCAAGAGAAACCAGGGAUCUGCCCCCUGAGCAAGCAGGCAGCGGGAUCCCAGUGCCAGGACCCCUGUGCAGGAGACGAGCAGUGCCCAGGAGAUGAGAAGUGCUGCAGCAGUCGAUGCGGUCACACCUGCAUGGCCCCAGAGCCAGACAAACCUGGGCAGUGCCCAAAGGUGAGGCUGCAGCUGACAUCAGAGCCAUGCACGGAGGAGGAUGACUGCCUGCACGACAGGGACUGCCCCAGACAGGAGAAGUGCUGCUUUUCUGGCUGCGCCAUGCGCUGCUCCCGCCCAGCCAGAGAGAGCAGCGGUGGUGCCUCCAGACAGUGCGCAGAGGAGUGUGAGACUGAUGCACAGUGCCCCCAGGGACAGCGGUGCACCCACAUGGGCUGCAGCCAUGUCUGCGUGGACAUCCCUGGGGGUGAGCACUAUCUAAGUGCCCGGGAACCACAGGGUGCCCACGGGUGGGAGUCCUGCAGCACAUGCUCUGCCUUGCAGGGAGAGUGGGAGUGUGCCCCAUCCCCAGGGAGGCCGGGACAUGCUUGGACCUGUGCAGCUUGGAUGAGGAGUGUCCCUGGGGCCAGAAGUGCUGCAGCAAUGGCUGUAGCAAUGUCUGCAUGCCUGCCUCUCUCAAAGAGCACGAUGUUGCCGUUGUGCCACAGCACGGUGCCAGCCGGUGCCCAGAGCAGUGUGAUGCCGACUCGCAGUGCCCACGAGGACAGAGAUGCACCCGCACCAGCUGUGGCCAUGUCUGCAUGGACAUGCCUAGAGGAAGGGAGGGAGAGUGCCCCAUCCCCAGGGGCGGCGGGACGUGCUUGGACCUGUGCAGCUCUGACAAGGGGUGUCCCCAGGGCCAGAAGUGCUGCAGCAAUGGCUGUGGCCAUGUCUGUACGCAGAUACCUGGCGGCGCUGCAUGAUGUGAGAACAGCAGCUCUGUGGCAGGAAGGUGCCUUCCUUCAUCUGGGGACACAGGACAUUGACAGCCCCGAGCUGGACUGUCCCCUUCUCGCCACCACCGGCAAUAAAGACCUGGCCAGGUCACAUCUGCAGCUUGAGGGCAGAACCAGGAGUGGAAACCAAUUUAGAUGUAAGCAGGAGCUGUGCUGGGAUGGCUGGAUCCGAGACCUGGGGCAGGAAGGACAGGAGCCAGACCUGCUCAAUGACCCGUCCUUGUAUUGA